AUGAGUGUCUGCCGCUACAGCCCGUGGCUGAACAUCGACUGCCCGAACCUCCACGUCGCGACGCCUGUCCUGGGGAGCGUGCUGUGUCUCGGCCCGCAGGGCGCCGACAUAACCACGACGGCGCCGCUACCCAGCGGCCCCACUGCGCCGCCCGGACCGGGCGACGGGUAUACAACCGUCCCCGUGGACCCACCCGAAGGCGCCGUGGUCGCCGAGAGCACCACGUUGCGCUGCGGGCGAUGGUCCGUGGUCGACGAACGCGCGCAGACCUGCAUGGGCAUGUGCAUCCAGAGCGGCAUCAUGUCGGCGCUGUCCUUCGAGGUCAACUUAUCCCUCGAUGCGGCGGAUUGUAGGGCUUCGCUCAAGCGAGGCUUUACGCGUACUGCGUGGGGCCUCUGCAUGAAUGAAACGUUCCCCCUAUGGCGAGUAUGCCGGAGCUGA